GUCAGUUACCAGCGGCUUUUGAAAAACGCGACGGGGACAUUGACCUAGCACGGUAGCACCACCUUAGCAACGGUCUCCGACUCAGCAGCGCUACGAACUCCUCAUGGCGGGCCACUCGCACGAGUCGGACCAGGACUACGCCUUCGAGCUCCAACUUCAAGAAGCCCUCACCGCCUCGCUCGCCCACCAUGUCUCCUUGCAUUCACCCCCUGCAACUUCCACCGUCGUCGGCCCUUCACCUCUGAAAGAUACCAUCUUUACCCUUUCAGCCCAACACGUCUCCAAAUCUCAGCAAGAAGCCCUAGAUCACGAGCUAUUACUCAUCGAAACACAAUGGACGAAGGAAGACCGAAAGCGUCGAACCCACGAGGAGAAGUUGGCGCGUGACAUAGAUAGGAUGCCGGAGCAUGAAUGGGAGGAGUGGGGUUAUGAUUUUGAGAGGCCCUUUGAAGAAGGGAGUUCGAAAGACGUGGAUAGUGAGGACGACGGCGAGUUCAGAAUGUAUUUUAAGGGGAUAGUCAGUCACGAAGUGAUGAACAAUGAGACGGUGGCAUUGGCAGGAAUUGGGGUUGCAAUUUGUGAUUUUAGGGACAAUUUGAUAUUUGAAAUCAAAAAGCCAUUGACUGGUGAUGGUCUUAACAAGCAAGCAGCCGAGCUUAUGGCUUUGAUUGAAGGGCUCGAUGCUGCUUUAUCUCUGAAACUGAAGAGGAUUCACUUUUUCUGCGACUACUAUCCAGUUUUCCAACUCGUUACUAAUAGAUGGCAAGCAAGGCAGCAUAAGAUUGCAAUUUUAGUUGACCAGGUGUGGCUUCUCCAAAGAAGAUUUGUAUAUUGCGAGCCAAUUUUAGUGCCGCGUUAUGAUAUAAAGUAUGCAUUCAAACUUGCAAGGGGAGCUAUACUUUCUCAGGUUAAUACGCCUAUUGAAUCUAACCACGGCAAGUCUGUUCAAGAGACUUGUGUUAUAUGCUUAGAAGAGACUGAUAUGGAACACAUGUUUUCUGUUGAUGGAUGCCUGCAUCGAUACUGCUUUUCUUGUAUUAAACAGCAUGUUGAGGUGAAGUUGCUCCAUGGGAUGGUACCUAAAUGUCCUCAUGAACACUGUAAGUCUGAGCUUAGAGUUGAGAGCUGCAAAAAAUUCUUGACACCUGUGAUGAUUGAGACAUUGAAAGAGCGUACAAAGGAAGCUUCAAUUCCUGCCACAGAGAAAGUUUAUUGCCCAUACCCCCAGUGCUCGGCAUUGAUGUCAAGAAGUAAGAUUUCAGAAUAUCCUAAAAAUGUAUUUGUUGGUUAUGAAAGAUCAGCAGCUCGGAAAUGCAUAAAAUGUCGUGGCCUUUUCUGUAUUAACUGUAAGGUCCCAUGGCACGGUGCAAUGAGAUGUAAUGAGUACAAGAGGUUGAAUCCUAAUCCACCAGCAGAAGAUUUGAAGCUUAAGUCUCUUGCAACGAGGAAAAUGUGGCGUCAAUGCGCAAAGUGCAACAAUAUGAUAGAACAUUCUGAAGGUUGCUGGCACAUGACUUGCGUAUGUGGCUAUGAGUUCUGCUAUAACUGUGGAGCGGAGCGGAAGGACAAAAAGGCAACUUGUUCAUGUCCAGCCUGGGAUGUGCGUCGCAUUUGGUUUGAAAAUCAUAGAGACUCUGAUGAUGAUGAUUAAGUUAGCACCAUCCCAUUUGUCCACCAUCCUCGAUAUCCUUGGAUGUUUUGUAAAUGGUAGGUUUGGAUUCUGGGGCAAAAUUCGUAUGUAUAUGGGAUUUAAGCAAAACCCUUUUAACUGUAUUGGAAAAUCCAAACUUGUGCCCAUAUCCUUUCACAAGAUUAUUAGAUUAGCCCCUAAAGUAACUUCGUCGAGUAAAUUCUCGUACUGCCU